AAUGGAUGAUGAUGAUGAUGAUGAUGACAUUCCCCAGCUUUCAUCCCAUACGUUGGCUGCCCUCCAGGAGUUCUAUUUGGAACAGCAGGAGAGAGAGGGCAUGAAGACCUCCCAAGGGUUUAAUCAAUAUUCCAUUGGCUCAAUAGAAGAAGACUGGCAACUGAGCCAGUUUUGGUACAGCAAUGAAACUGCAUCAUGCCUGGCUAAUGAAGCAGUUGUGGCAGCUGGAAAAGGCGGCAGGAUAGCAUGUGUUAGUGCACCAAGUGUGUACCAGAAACUGAAAGAACAGGAUGGUAAAGAUUUUUCAGUGUGUAUACUGGAGUACGACAGAAGGUUUUCCGUAUAUGGAGAAGAAUUUGUCUUCUAUGAUUACAAUCACCCGUUGAACUUACCUGAAAAUCUCCUGCCACACAGUUUUGACAUCGUAAUAGCAGAUCCACCCUAUCUGUCUGAGGAAUGUCUUCAAAAAACGGCAAAGACCAUCAAAUACUUAACAAAAGGAAAGAUUCUGCUUUGCACAGGUGCAAUCAUGGAAGAACAGGCAGCAAAGCAUCUUGGUGUGAAGAUAUGCAAGUUUAUUCCAAAACACUCACGAAAUUUAGCCAAUGAAUUUCGAUGUUACGUGAACUAUGCUUCUGGACUGGACUGAUUCUCAUAAGAAGAUCUACAACUUUUUCAGUCAAGCUCCUUUCUGUUUUUUAUCAGUGACUCCACGUUUCUCAAUGCUGAAAUAUUCAGCUCCAAGUACUGUUUUCUGGGCUAGCUUUAAUCAACACGGUGUGAUAGCCUCUCUCUUUUAAACAUGUAAGCAUUUGCAGUUACUGUGUUUUGUAUCUUACCUGUUAGGUAAAUGGGGACCAAACAAUGCAGGUGCUGGAUAAUGGGAACUUCUCUGUUAGAGUUUCAUUCUAACUGGUAGUUUUCACCAUUCAAGGACUCUUCAGUGAUCUCUCUGCAGUAAUUUUAGCUGGUUGGCUUAUAACAACACAUAGGUGCUUGCCUCACAGACAUCAGAAUUGUCACUGCAUCAGAACUGGUGACUUGGUAGCUAGUGGAUGGUUGAAAAAGCAGGAAUA